AUGUUCAGUGACGAUGAAGACUUUUCUGAUGAAGCACUCCAAUUACCCGACUCACCUGACUCAAAGUCAAAGCCAGAGAAAAACGCGGAAGAAGAAUUCCGUGAGCUGGUCAGUAAGCGAGAAAAGAUAGAGAAGAAAAUGAAUGAUGUCGAUGAACUAGCCAGGCAGGUGAAAUUUGCCAUGGAAUUACAAAAAGCGAUGACCGACUGCUACUCAAAUCGUAUAUCAACAUUUCCAAUCGAGACAGUACUCGAAUUAAGGUCUCUAUCAUCCGGAUCGCUUUUAAUAGUUUUUUCGAUAAAGAAUAAUACAGCAAAUGAAUUGAUUGACUGGACAAUAUCUGCCAGCCUCACUCCGUCAGCAUUAGCAGAGUCAAGUGAAGGCUCAUGUUCUCAGAGCAUCACAGUGGCGAGUUUGUUGCCUGGAGAAGAAUUCUCGUCGGAAGUCUUUUUCCCACAAUCUCAUUUGAAGUUGCCAUCAAUCGUUCGACUGAACCUCAAAAAGUUAGUGCAACAAAUAUGUUUUCACAACUUGAAGCUGAUUUAUUAA